UGAGGGUGAACGAGUCAUAUUUCAUUCCAGAAUUUUUAACUGCGCUCAAGCGAGAAUUAAUAUAAUCAUUUUAAUAACCAAAACCAUACGUCAUACUUUUCCCUGUGCAUAUUUAUUUAAUUAUUUGUUUAUUUAUUUAUUUACUUGCAUAUAAUUCUUAUGUGGAUGGCCUGGUAGUGUCCACUAGGAGGCUUGACUAAUAAGGCAUUUGUCUGGACGCAAACAUUUAUAGCGUGAACUGUAAAAUAUAGAUUAAACGAUGAUUUAAAGGACCCGAAUCGUUGCUGUUGGAAGACGCGGCGUUUAUUGGAUGAGACUGGAGACGAAAUGUUCGUGUAAAUUCGGUAAACUGUAUUAAAAACAGUUGGAUGAGCUUGGCUAAGCUAACACAAGCUUAGCGUUGGAUCGCCGUAUUAUUUCGGUUUGCUAUUUGUGUUUUUAUUCUGCAUUUAAUUGUAUUUUUCACAAGAUAAUUUUAAUUAUAAAUAAUUCGAUUUAUGUGCUUUAAAUAGGGUUUUAGGGAUACAAAUGGUGGAUUAAAUUGUUUUCUUUUACUCAUAAACAGUCGGUUAGCUAAAGUCCGCUUUAGCUGCACUCAGCAUUGCGUGUUAAAUAAUAAAUAUAUAAGAAAAAAAAAUGACGCUCAUUAUAGUAUUUAGUUGUACUUAUAACUAAGGUCUUUUUUAUUUUUAUUUUAGCGAUAUAUAGAUGGAAUUGGCAUACAUUAGCGCUGCCAGUUUUUGGUGUGGGUGAUUAUAAGGAACAGAUUUAGGCCGUCUCAAAACCUAGUGAGCUGCCUACCUAGGCAGCAUUUGUUGGGCGACAUAGGCGAGAUUGAACCUUCGAACGGUUCGACUCUAGUUAGUUGUCAGCCUAGGCAGCAUUGCAGGGCAUCAUAUACUAUAGUGCGAACGUUUAAACUGGUCCAUGGUGCCCCAAAAUGCUGGCUAGGUAGGCAACUCGCUAGGUUUUGAGACAUAUCCUUAUUCAUCGGUGUUAUCUGCCACUUGGAAUAUUAUCCCUGUACAGCAAGCAGAAGACAAAAAGACUAUUUUUAUUCCACAAAGUACAUAUGUUCCACAUUUUUAAGAAUAUUCAAGAGAAACGCAUUUGAUCAGGUGCAAACUUUGCUCGAGUAUUUGGUUUCAGUUUAUGUCCAAUACCAUUUGUGUCCAUUCUUCACUGGAAUAACCAUCUGUGGAUUUAAUGACAUACAGAAUGUAUUUCCUGCACUGUAUGUAUGCUUUAACAAAAAGUCUUGCCUGCAUUAAACACAUCUUUCAUUAUGCUGAUUGUAGUUGUCUGUCUCUCCAAAUCCCCCUUUGUGUCAUGUCUGUCUUCUAAUAUCUUUUUCAGUAGAUUAUCAAAGAUCAACAGUCUCCUCUCUCCACUGGCCAGUCUAGAUCACAUCUAUGAACUCCUUACCACCCUCCAGCACUGCCGUUGGUAGCCCUGUCAGCUCUGUAGACUCGCCGCUCUCGGUCGUCAGCUCAUCCAUCUGCUCUCCUGGUGUUCCUGGCACCCCAUCGGUCGGCUAUGGACCCAACAGCAACCCUCAGAUUAACUCCUCCAUGUCUGUGUCUGGGUUACAUGCUGUCAGCAGCUCUGAUGAUGUGAAACCACCUUUUGGCCUGAAGUCUGUUGGUGGCUCUGGUCCAAUGCUAUCACAGAAACGCUUGUGUGCCAUUUGUGGAGACCGCUCCUCUGGUAAGCACUAUGGCGUGCAUAGUUGUGAAGGCUGUAAGGGUUUCUUCAAGCGUACAGUUCGGAAGGACCUGAGCUACACCUGCAGGGACAACAAGGAGUGUUUGGUGGACAAACGCCAACGCAAUCGCUGCCAGUACUGCCGCUAUCAGAAAUGCCUGGCCACAGGGAUGAAAAGAGAAGCUGUUCGGGAAGAGCGUCAAAAGAAUAAGGAGCAGGAGGGAGACUAUGAAUGCAGCAGUGCAGUGAAUGACGAGAUGCCAGUGGAGAAGAUCCUAGAGGCUGAGACAGCUGUAGAGUACAGGACAGACCUGCACUCUGAUGCAUCUGGUUCACCCAAUGAUCCAGUCACUAACAUCUGCCAGGCUGCAGACAAACAGCUGUUCACCCUGGUGGAGUGGGCCAAGAGAAUCCCUCAUUUCUCUGAGCUGCCUCUGGACGACCAAGUCAUUCUGCUCAGGGCUGGAUGGAAUGAGCUCCUAAUUGCUGCCUUCUCCCAUCGCUCCAUCAGUGUGAAGGAUGAGAUUCUGUUGGCCACAGGUCUGCAUGUGCCCAGAGACAGUACUCACAACUUUGGCGGGGAGGCCUUCUAUGACAGUGAGAGUGCACACAGUGCAGAGGUGGGAGCAUUAUUCGACAGGGUGCUGACUGAGUUGGUCUGUAAGAUGCGUGAUAUGAAAAUGGACAAGACAGAGCUUGGCUGUCUGCGCGCCAUAGUUCUGUUUAACCCAGAUGCCAAAGGUUUGACUAGCACCAGUGAGGUUGAGCUUCUCAGAGAGAAAGUGUAUGCAUCCCUGGAGACCUACUGCAAGCAAAAGUACCCAGAUCAGCAGGGGAGGUUUGCCAAGCUCCUCCUCAGGCUCCCUGCAUUGCGUUCCAUUGGUCUUAAGUGUCUGGAGCACCUGUUCUUCUUUAAACUGAUUGGAGACACCCCCAUUGACACUUUCCUCAUGGAGAUGCUGGAGUCACCUCACUAGCUACGUCAGAGACAGAAGACAGGGUUUUCUGCCCUAGGUCCUGGAGAUAACUGUGACUGCACUUUUUCUUCCCAGGGGAAAUACAGCGAUUGUUCAGCCUCUGGUCUGGGGGUAUUUCUUUUAUUUGUUUAUACUUUUUUUUUUUUCUCCUAUUGACUAUCUCUUAAGUGCACCACAGAGUCUAGAGACCCAAAACUUGCCAUGAAAAUGUUGGUGCUACAUUUCAACAGUAAGCUAAUUCUUAUAUAUAUAUAUAUAUAUUCAGUACUGUGCAAAAGUCUUAGGCACAUAAGGUGUUUCACAAAAGCAUUUGUCUUAAGAUGGUUAUUUAUAUCUUCAGCUUUAGUGUGUCAAUAGGAAAUAUAAAUGUUAGACUCCCAAACAUUACUUUUGCAAAUAGAAAAGAUUAUAAUAGAAGAACAGGGAGCCCUGCAACAGAUGUCAUGGCCCCCACAGAGCCCCCCACUGAACAUCGUGUCUGUCUGAGAUUACAUAUAGAGACAGAAGCUGUUGAGACAGCCUAAAUAGAUAGAAGAACUGUGGCAAAUUCUCCAAGAAGCUUGAAAUAUCCUAUCUGCCAACAACCAAGACUGUGUCCAGGUGUACCUAGGAGAAUUGGUGCUGUUUUGAAGGCAAAGGUGGUCACACUGAAUAUUGAUUUAGUUUUUUUAUGUUUACUGGACUUUGUGUGACAUUGAGUGAUAAAUGAAAACUAUUUAUGGCAUUAUAUUUGAAGACAUCCUCACUAUGCAACAUUUUUCACAAGUGCCUAAAACUUUUGCACAGUACUGUGUAUAUAGUAUAUAUAUAUAUAUAUAUAUAUAUAUAUAUAUAUAUAUAUAUAUAUAUAUAUAUAUAUAUAUAUAUAUAUAAGUUUAAAAAUGUUUUUAAGUAUGGAAGCUCCAUUUACCUGACUGGCUUAGAUAAGUGGGGUUUACAUUUUGAUAGAACCAUUUGAGGCUUUUAAAAACACUGUGGAUGAUAAGCUUUAAUUGUAUGUAAGUGUGCUUCUCCAUCUCUUGAGUUUGGGUGCUUUCUUCCUGUAUGGCAAAUUUAUUUUGCCCCGAUCUACAAGGACUGGUCAAGUGGGCAGAUAGAUAAAUGAUCUCAUUUGGUAUUAUAGUUUGAAUUGACAGUACUUUGCCUGUGCGAGUAAUCUGGCAAAGAAUCUAUAUGCAAUGAAGCUUGAAACGAUGCAAAACAAAAUACUAGAUGUUUGAUCUUCAAAAGACGCAAUUUACAUGACAUUGUGCAAUGUUAAGCUUAAAUCCAGAGGUGGAUGUGAGGGAAAUGCAAGCACUCUUUUAUUAUUUCAUGCACUCAUUUUAUUAUCACGUCAUGAGUGCCUAACUGGCAUAUGCUUGAUAUAUAUUUUUUAUUUAACACGACAGAAGAAAGGAACAACAAAGACAAAUCUCUUUUCACAUCAUCAGCAGGCAGAUAUUUUUAGUUCUUUUUUUUUGUUUUUUGCCUGAAGUGUCCUAGGCUAAAAUUGUCUUAAAAUUGGCUCGUAACAUUGGUUUUACUGUAGUUAGCUGUCAGUUAAUGAUACACUCUCUUCUCACAUAUCAGGUAACUGUAAAAGGGUGAUAAUUCCUUAAGUAAACUGCACUACACUAACAAAUGUCAUUCCAUUUUUUUGUAUUUUGUUUUGACCAGGGUCAUAUAUAUAUAUAUAUAUAUAUAUAUAUAUAUAUAUAUAUAUAUAUAUAUAUAUAUAUAUUUUCUUUUUACUUUGGUGCUUUGGAAUUGACAUUUGAUAUUACAGCCCUGAAAAAAGUGCAUAGUUAAAACUGCAAAAAGGAAAAGUACAGCUAUCUUCAGCUUUAUAGAGAUACUAAAUCUGAGCAAUAUGAAAGUUCAUUGGCAGACUGUUGAGUGGACUUGCUGUUUGUAUUUGGAAAACCUUCCAACUUGAAAAAGUUAUUUCUUGUAGUACUGUGCAGACCCUAUUGUUCAGGGACUUUGUGUAGCUAUUGUGUAGACAUAGGCUAAAAAUCAAUAUAUAUAUAUAUAUAUAUAUAUAUAUAUAUAUAUAUAUAUAUAUAUAUAUAUAUAUAUAUAUAUAUAUAUUCUCUUGCUUUUGUCUCUUUCUUUAAUUUUUUUGUUGGCAUACAUCUUGCAGAAAAGAAGACAUAGUUGCACUGGAUUUUACCACAAAUCCUAAAACUUUGGAUUUUGUCUUUUUAUUUUUUUUGCUUUUCCAUGGCAUCUCUCUGUCCUUGCCGAAAAAAGUUAUGGGGACAAAUGCAAACUCACUUUUGCCAUACAUAUAUCUAACAAACACAAAAGCUUGUUUUUGUAUGGUCUUGUACAAUCAACAUCUUUACUGCAUUAGGCAUGUUACAUGUCUGUUUUUGCACUAAAAUUGUCAUACAAUUAUGAUUGUAAUGAGUUUCCAUCAGUUUCGAUGUUGUCACAGCUCAUUUUAAAAGAGCUAGGUGACAUUGCAAGAGAACCAUCUGCUGUACAUGACCCUAAAUAAAGGUGGUUAAAUGUCUAACAAUUAUAUCCCUGAAUUUUGUGAAUGACUGAAGGAGUGAUUUUAGUUAACAUAAAUGAGCUUAGCUUCAAAUGAACAAGAUCAAGUGAAAGUUUUUAAGUAAAAUCACACAAGCUGUAGUCUUUUUCUGAAUGCGAGCAUGACUGGAAUUCAGCCGCAGGUGAUCACAUCCGUGCUAAUAUUCAGACCAACAGCACGAUUGCUUUGUGAUAUUGCUUUUAUACACAUUCAAACAAGUAAAUAAUAUUGAAUAACUUGCUUUCAGACAAAAACUGUCCAGUUAGUUUGUACAUUUCUUCUAUGCCAGUGAAAAUAAUUCCAAAAGAAACCAAAGCAUCAAGCAUAACUCACUCUGUGAAC